AAAAGUGCUCACAGCCAUUUCAUCCCUCCAGAAGGCAGACGACCCUGCUGAGCUUGGCGCUGUUGGGACGCGUGCUGGACUCUCUGCUCCUGUCUUUUCCUCUCCGACUGUUUAUCUCCCCGUUCUGAUCGUUUCGCCCUGAUUUCGCGAUGGGAGCGAGCACAUCCGCGCAGAGCCCCGGGGAGGAGGUGGAGGACGCAGAGGAGAAGCUGCAGAAGAACGGACAGAUCUCUAUCUCCAGCUUGAAUGGAAAAACCGAGGAGCAGACAGACAUUAACGGACACACUGAGGAUGAUACGCUGGCCAAGGUUGGCCAGACAGAUGCCAUGCCGCAGAAAGAAGACAGCCCUGAGACGAUUGAGGUUCUCCAAGAUGACGUUUCCCCUCAAGUUAAUGGAGAGCAAGAGGAGGAUAAAUCUGAUGAUAUAGUUAAACCUGAAGCCAUAGAGGAGAAGGCAGCUGAGGAGAAGCCAAGUGAGUCUAAUGAAGUGGGCUUCAAAAAGAUCUUCCGCUUUGUUGGCUUUAAGUUCACACUGAAGAAGGACAAGAAUGAGAAGACAGAGCCUGUGCAACUGUUGACAGUGAAAGAAACUGAGGAAGGUGCCUCGGAGGCUGCUGCUGAGGAAAGCAAGGAGGAAACUGUAACAGAGGAAGUGAAGCCUAAGGAUGAAAAUGCUCCAGAUGCCCCAGAGACAGACAAAGAGGUCACAACUAAAGAUGCUGUGGAAGCAGAAGCAGCAGAUCUCCCAGCAACUGAUGCCCCAGCAGAGACUGUAACAGAUAGCAUUGCAGAACCUGAACAGCAGCAAGCUAAAGAAACACCUCCAGACAAUGAGGCAGCUGAAGAAGUAGCAACAACUCCAGAGAAAGAAAAAGAACCAGAAGCACAAACUGAAUCCCCCACCAGCCCACCCUGCCAAGAAACACAGUCCCCCUUCAAAAGAUUCUUCACUCAGGGAAUCUUCUCUAACCUGCGUAAAAAGACAAGCUUCAAGAAGUCCAAAGAUGAGGAAUCAGUGAAGGAGAAGGCUCUUGAGGAGGAUAUAAAAGAGGCUGAGGAAAAAGCAGAAGAGGCAGUCACAGAAGACAAAGAAGUUAAAGAGGAUGUGGAAGAAGGGGCAACAGGUGAAAAAGCAGAGGAAUCAGCACCUUCAGAGGAGACCAAGGUUGAAGCAAGUCCAGAAGAACUGCCAUCUGACACUGAGGAUCAGAAAGAGGAGGAGCCAAAAGUGCAGGCUGAGGCAACAGUUCAGACUGAGCCAGCAAGUGAGACUGAACCAGCACAGGAGGCUGAACGUGUUGCUCAAGCUGUAGCUUGUGAGGUUGCAGAGACCCCUGUUUCUGAUGUUAUUGAUGAAGCCAAACCCACUGAUGAUACCAAACUCGCCGAUGACAAGCCAAGUGAAUCUGCAGAGGAACAGCAAAGUUCUGAAAAAUCUGAAGCAGAGGCAACCACUGAACCUGAAGCUGUGUCAUCCCAAGAAAAAUCCAAGGCUCAGGGAAGCCCACUGAAGAAGCUUUUCACAGGAGCAGGAUUGAAGAAGUUGUCCUCCAAAAAACAAAAGGGUAAAAAAGAAGCAGAGUCAAAGCUAACCGAGUCUGGCGAGCAAGUAGUUGAGCAGAUUCAGUCAUCUACUGAAUCAGCUGAGCCACAGAAACCGGACAGCAGACCCUCCUCUCCAGAGCCAGAGGAAUCUGGUGAGCAUGUUGUAGAGGAGGCCAGUCAGCCUGAGGCUAAAGUGGAAGCUGAAAGUGAGGCAGUUACCUCUGACAAUGAGAAGAAGAAAGAUGGCAUCCUUCCUUGGGCCUCUUUUAAAAAAUUAGUCACUCCAAAGAAGCGUGUCAAGAGGCCAUCUGAGAGUGAAGAUGAGGCACCUGGAGACAAGCCCAAAUCUGCCACCCUUUCCUCAACAGAGAGUGCUGUCUUAGAUGACAAAACAGAGGAGACAAAACCAAGUGACGAAGUAAAGGAAGAAGCUAAAGAGGAGUCACAAGCUGAAUCCAAGGUUGAGACAAAAGCUGAGAAGCUUGAACAAAGUACAGAGGAGCCGAAGAAAAAGAUGGACACUUCUGUGUCAUGGGAAGCUCUUAUUUGUGUGGGUUCAGCCAAAAAGAGAGCAAGGAAAAGUUCAGAUUCUGAUGAUGAUGAAACCAAGAUAGAGGAAGAAGUGCAGCAGUCUGGAGAAGAACAGACUAAGACUGCUGAGUCUCCACUUGGAAGCUCCCAGGAAGCUGACCAUGAAAAUUUAGCCUCCUCCCCAGAGCCAGAGGGAGAACUUGUGUCUACAUGGGAGUCGUUCAAAAGGCUGGUGACCCACCGUAAGAAACCCAAACCAGAGGACAAGUCUGAUGAAGCCUCAGGUCCAGAGCAGACAAUAUCUGACAGUGAAGUACCAAAAGAGGAGUCAUCCUUUUCCUUUAAAAAGCUAAUUCCCCGUAGGAAGAAGAAGGCUGAUGCCAAACAAGGACCAUCUUCUGAUGUUGGAUCUGCAGAAGAAGACUCUGACACCCCAGCUGUGGUGCCUCUGUCAGAGUAUGAUAAUGAACAAUCAGAAAAGGUUGAAAUGGAAAAGAAAGAGGAGACCAAGACAGAGGACGCAACGUUAGAGGCUACUCCAGUCACUCCUGCAAAAGCCUCAGCUGAAGAUAGAUCACCAUCUUGGAUUUCAGCUGCUGUGGAGAAAACUGAAGAUGAAGCAGAAGGAAAGCAACUGAGUGACAUACCUGAAGAAGGAGAUACAGCAGCUACACCUAAAUCAACUGAUAACACCAUUGCAGAUGACAUUGUAGAGUUUACAUCAGAAGCUGUAACCGCCCUCGAGCAAGCAGAAGAAACUGAAAUGGUCUCUGCUGUCUCACGCAUUACAGUAUCACCUGUUACAUCUGGAGAGACCACACCGGUUCCAGGAGAUGGUGUCGUAAAGGCUGAUGUAAUUCUCCAGGAAGCUGUGGAGACAAUCAGUGUUAGAUCAAGUGCCAUGGCUGUGACAAUAACUGAAGAACAGAAAAAAAUUAUUGCUGUCUCUACUAGCCCAGUCCAGGUUGAGUCCACAAUCAAAGAAGAGAAAGUGGUAUUGCUUGCCCAUGACAAAAGUGAAGCAACAGCUGUCUGCACUGGUCUUCACACCAGUGAAAUCAAAGAUGUGGAAGAAGAGAGCCCCGUGAAAACUUCAGUAGAGUCUGUCUCAGCUGUUAGUGAAGCACUGCCAAUAGAAGUGGCCAUUGAGGACCAAACUCCAAAACCUGAGGAAGCUGGAAUGGACAAGGAAAAUAUUUUUGAGGCGCAAGUAAAUAAAGUUCAGGCUGAGUACAAAGAACAGCUUCAAACACCUAUAGAAAAUGCCAUGGAGGACACGGCACAAGUUGAGGCAGUGAAAGAGACACCAGAGGCUGAGAUUGUGAAUGAGCUUCAGGAGGCAACAGCAGUCAAGGUGGCUGUGCUCACUGCUGUUCAACAGGAAGUACAGAUACUUGAAGAACCACUGGUGGCAGAAAACUCUCCAAAAGUGGAGACAGAGGGUCCAAUUGAACCGUCUGUAGAAGAGCCCGUCUGCGCUCAGACUGUGGAAGUCACUGAAAUUGCUGUUGCUGAAGGUGAGAAUGUGCAGGAGCUAAAGGAAAUUAAAGAAUCAGUCAGCGGUGUUGAGGUGUUACCUGUAGAGGGUGUAGCCAUGGCUGUGUCGGAAGAAAUUACACCCUCACUUGCAGAUACCCCUACAGCUGAAACAGUUGAGUCUAAGGAAGAUCUCAUUCCUGUUGUGGCCCCAACAGAAAAAUCUGCAGUGACCGAAGAGAUUGUUUGCGUUAGCCCAGCCUCAGCUUUUGAAACAGAAGCAGAGCUAAAGAAGGAGGCUGGUAUAAAGGAGGUUCCCACAGUUGAACUAACAGAUAAUCACAACAUCCAACUUACUGUGAAAGAUGUUGAGGUUGUCUCAGCUAAAGUUGAAGCUGAGGUACACGUUGAAGUGAGUGAGAAAGUUCAGGAAGAGGUAGAACCAUUACAGGUCAUGGACAUAAAGGAAGCAGAAGCCAUUCAGGAACAGAGCACAGUCAUUGUCCAGGAAGUCAUUCAAAAUGUUGUCGAGAAUCUUGGUGAAAUGCAGAAGGAACAAGAAUUAUCAGAAGAGCCAGUGGAGGAGAAAGUGAGUAGUACCACAGCAUCAGAAGAGGCAUCAAAGCCCAAAGACGAGCUAGCAGCUUCUGAGAAGGCGGAGGAAAAAAUUGUACUAACUGUUACAGCCGAAGAGGAAAAACCUUCAGCGGAUGUACCAGUCCAUGAGGAAAAACCUUUAGCCGAUUCAUCAGUCCAAGAAGAAAAACCUGCAGAUGAUUUACUGGUCCAAGAACAAAAAACAUCUACUGAAACAACCUCUGAGAAGCCACUUACAUCUGAGACUGAGAACACAGCUGAAGAACAGCAAACUCGUGUAAUCACUGAAAGAUCACCAAUUGAAGUCAGUGAAGCCAUACAGAUUUCUGAAACAGUUCCUGUUGCUAUUACAGACGAAAUCAAACCUGAGCAAGAGGAGCUUGCCAAAGUAUCUGUGGAUGCCAUGCAACAAGAUACAGAUGUAAUAAAGCAAGAAGUGGAAGUAAGAGAAGUAGAAAAAAACAUUGAAGAGAAAACAGUUGCUGAGAACACAGAAAGUGAAGAUGGUAAAUGUGAAGUUGAGGAAGGUCUUAAGGAAGUGCCAAAAGGAACCCAAAAGGUAACCACAGAGACCCUAGUUUCAGAGACGCCAGAAGAAAGCAGUCAAACAACAAUGGCCACUCUUGUAAGCACAAAGCAAGCUCAGAUGAUAGAAGAUCAGUGUCAGGUUGAGACAACAAUGGAAAUUAAUGUUGGAAUCAUAAAUGUAGUGGAUGCUGAUGAGGGAGCAAUCCAAGACACUGACACAAGCAUGAAAGGCGACAGCUCGCAGAAUCAGGUUCCGGUGGAAGACAAAUCAACAGUAUUGGAAGAGGCUCAAAAGGAUAUCUCAGCACAGGACAUGAAAGAAACCAAGGAGGGGUCUGAAGAUGCCAUCUGUCAAAAGACAGAUGCUAAAGCCAGUGAGGUGAAACUGGCUGUCGAGGAGACAGUGAAUGCCAUUAAAGAGGAAGAGGUGACUGAGAUACCAAAUGAAACUGACCCUGCCUCCCCAGAGACUGCAACAGUGUCAUGAACCAGCUACAUGGUGGUGGUUAUAAUGAGAACCAUAGCAUUCCGAAAAGCAGGAAACGAGAAGCUACUGCAGAAGACUCAAAGAGAUAGUGCUCUCAGAGCAAGAGACUAAAAGUUGGUCUGUUUUUUUCCAUCCAUCCAUCCAUCCAUCCAUCCAUCCAUCCAUCCAUCCAUCCAUCCAUCCAUCCAAGACCCUACCCAUCACACCACAAUAACUUUUCAAUCAACGAGAUGUCUCAACUAUUGGCCUCCAUUGGGGUACAAACACCCUGACACCAUGCAUUAGCUUCUCCAGAUGGGUCAGAUGCUACACAUGUAGUUUGUUGUUUUUCAUAUUGAUCAUUUUUAUUUUUACUGUCCUAUUGUUGAGGGCUGCUGUUGGAUGAAGAGCAUUGUUUAUUUUAAUGUGUAUGAAUGAGUGGUCUCUGCAGGAGGGUCCUUGUAUAUUGUAUUUAUAACUAAAAUGUUCCCUCAGCCAUCAGAUUGAAACUCAUUCAUUUAAGUAACUCUCAAAACAGUGUCUUUUUAAAAAAAACAAAAAAACAUGGUACAUGUAUUCAUAGUUAAACAUCAGCCAUAUCAAAUCACUGCAAACAUAUGGCCAUAAACAAAUUUCCUCCAACCACACAAAAAGUCAUGAGAACCAGCAUAACCAUUUCCAUUCCUACUGUACAUAUAGUUAUACUUCAUUUCCUGACUGUGAAAUUUAUAUUAGUCUCCUGGUCUUUGAGAGCCACAUACUAUGACAACAAAACACUGACUUCACCUUUAAUAUGUGAUUGCUAUUCUAGAGCAGCAAAUUUACUGGUGUUAAAUGAGGUUUGACAGCACUGUCCAUUAGCGCUCAGUAAGACAAAGUAACUGCACCCAUGCAUGUUCUGAGAAAGUUCGGAAUAUACCAUUUCACAGUCCGUAGCCACAUACAAAUGCGCUUUGCAUUGUUCGAAUGGUUUCAAGUAGAGUGUUUCUCAACUGGGAUGAGGGGAGUUUUAGAGGGGAGUCACAUAGUGCAGAUGAGGUAGUGCAUUGGUGCCAUCUGUUGGUGACUCCAAGACUGGUUAGCCAGUCAUAUGACUGUUAUAGGCACUCCCACAUUGUUUGAUCUUGUUGAUAUUACAACACUUAUGUUUUAUGUCUUUCAUCUGUGUAUCAUAGGCUAACAAUAUUAUUCAUCCUGAAGAUGAUAGUUUUGCCUUUUUGAAUGCUUUAACAGUUUUAUUUGUAAUGACUUUCCAUGCUUUCAAUUCUUUUACUCCCUAAAUGUGAGAUAUGAAUGAAGGAGAAGGUGAUGGUAUAUGGGUUGGCAGUAAAACAUUUCAUUUGUCAUUCAUUCAUUUCAUGUUGAUGCUCCUGCGCUAUUAUUCAUAGAGAAGCCUGCUGAUUUAAAAAUAGCAACGAAAAAUUUCUCACUUAAGAGCCACACAUGAACAUCCACCAUGUGUCCAGUGAUUUCGUCCUCUGAUUCUCCACACGUAGUGUUUUGUGCUUACAGUGACACCAGGGCAAGUUACAGAGAGCAUGCGCGGGGAUGACCACAACAAGAUGCUUUAUUUUUGCAACUCACAGAUGAAUUAGUAUAAAAUAAUCCGAAUGACACAGUGUUCUGCUACUCGUCACAGCUUGUACGAACACCCAACUCACAGCCUUUUUCUCAGCUUUUUAUAGAAUAUUACUGUGAAGCUCCUUAACAUUUGUACAAAUUGUAUACCUAUGUAUCUUGAGUCAUAUUAUUGUAAUAUUAACAAAUAACCAAUGAGAGCAUUAGACAAUGUAAUGUAGCAUGAUCUUUUCUUUUUUUAUUCCACAAGCUGUUAAUAGUAUGGAUACAGAACCAUGUCUAUAUUUCAUUCAAAUAAAGUUAGCAUUGUAAAGCAAUGCUUGUGA